AUGGAGGGGCUCAACCGUUCCAGAGUAUCGGAAUUCGUGCUCCUGGGACUCACUGAUUCUCCUGAGCUCCAGAUCUUCUUGUUUGUGUCGCUUUCCAUUUUCUAUUUAAUGACCAUGUUCGGAAACUGCCUGAUUUUGCUCACCGUCCUCUCCAGCUCACAGCUCCACUCCCCCAUGUUCUUCCUGCUCAGCAACCUUUCUCUGAUUGACAUGUGCCUGUCCUCCUUUGCCACACCGAAGCUGAUCAUGGACCUCUUUGCUCACGACAAGACCAUCUCUUUUGAGGGCUGCAUUUCUCAAAUCUUUCUUUUGCACCUCUUCACUGGAACAGAGAUCAUAUUGCUGAUUUCCAUGUCUUUUGACAGAUAUAUUGCCAUAUGUAAACCUCUCCAUUAUUCAACAAUUAUGAGCCAGGGAGUGUGCAUUGGGCUUGUGGCAAUAUCCUGGUCAGUUGGCUUACUACAUACAAUGAGCCAAUUAGUUUUUGUGCUCUAUUUACCCUUCUGUGGUCCCAAUGUAAUAGACAGUUUCUUCUGUGACCUUCCUUUGGUCAUCCAACUGGCUUGUAUAGAUACGUAUGUUCUUGGUAUCUUCAUGAUCUCAACCAGUGGUGUUAUUGCUCUUAUAAGUUUUCUGCUUUUGGUCACCUCUUACAUUGUUGUUCUCGUGACUGUCAGGAACCACUCCUCCAGAGGGUCAUCUAAGGCUCUUUCCACCUGCACCGCACAUUUCAUAGUUGUGUUAAUGUUCUUUGGGCCUUGCAUCUUCAUUUAUGUGUGGCCUUUCACAAACUUCCUGGUGGAUAAAAUUCUCUCUGUUUUCUAUACCGUCUUCACCCCCUUUCUGAAUCCACUUAUCUAUACUUUGAGAAACCAAGAGAUGAAGGCAGCAAUGAAGAAGAAAGUAAGUAACCAGUAUUUCAGUCUUGGCAAAGCUACGCAGCCUUAUCCAGCACAGUAA